GGCGUCCAGCCCGUGGUAGCCUAGCCUACCGAGCACGUCACACGUCGAGCGGCGUAGCGAAGUUCGUCACCGUCGCUGUUGGACCUGCUGAAGCUUUCGAGGGUUCCGAUCGGUUCCAUUUUUGUUUUGGUUUAAAUCCAGACCCCGAGCGUCGGCCCCUGUUGACCAGUUGUUUCUCGAUCAACAAAGACCGCGUGGACUGUGUUAGUCUUUCACACGAACACCGGAAGCCGCGCAGUAAAGCGAAAGUUGAGGCUCGAGAUGAGUGUGGAGGCGUACGGGCCGAGCUCCCAGACCCUCACCUUCCUGGACACCGAGGAGACGGAGCUGCUCGGAGCCGACACGCAGGGCUCCGAGUACGACUUCACCGACUUCACCCUCCCCAGCCAGACGCAGACUCAAGGCCAGACCCAGAGCCAGCUGGACAGCCAGGUAAAUGGUCCUGAUGAGGGUCUGCUCAACGGGGGGUUGGAUGACUCCGUGGCCAAAGCCAGCCAGCUGUUGGCCGAGCUCAACUUUGAGGAGGAUGAGGAGGACACGUACUACACCAAAGACCUGCCUCUGCACGCAUGCAGCUACUGCGGUAUUCACGAUCCAGCAUGUGUGGUGUACUGCAACACGAGCAAGAAGUGGUUCUGUAAUGGACGUGGCAACACAUCUGGCAGCCACAUUGUGAACCACUUGGUGAGAGCCAAAUGCAAAGAAGUGACGCUGCAUAAGGAUGGGCCGCUGGGCGAGACGGUGCUGGAGUGUUACAACUGUGGCUGUCGCAACGUCUUCCUCCUGGGCUUCAUCCCGGCUAAGGCCGAUUCCGUGGUGGUGCUACUCUGCAGGCAGCCCUGUGCCAGCCAGAGUAGCCUGAAGGACAUCAACUGGGAUAGCUCGCAGUGGCAACCACUUAUCCAGGACCGCUGCUUUCUGUCCUGGUUGGUGAAGAUCCCAUCGGAGCAGGAGCAGCUUCGGGCCCGUCAGAUUACCGCCCAGCAGAUCAACAAGUUGGAGGAGCUCUGGAAGGACAACCCCACUGCCACCCUGGAAGACCUGGAGAAACCUGGAGUGGACGAGGAGCCCCAGCAUGUGCUGCUGCGCUAUGAGGACGCCUACCAGUACCAAAACAUCUUUGGCCCUUUGGUCAAACUGGAGGCUGACUACGACAAGAAGCUUAAGGAGUCCCAGACCCAAGACAAUAUUACAGUCAGGUGGGACCUGGGGCUGAAUAAAAAGCGGAUUGCCUAUUUCACACUGCCCAAGACGGAUUCAGGUGAUAUGCGGCUCAUGCAAGGUGACGAGAUCUGCUUGCGGUACAAGGGAGACCUGGCCCCGAUGUGGAAAGGCAUAGGUCAUGUCAUCAAAGUCCCCGACAACUAUGGGGAUGAAAUUGCCAUUGAGUUGCGAAGCAGUGUUGGAGCACCUGUGGAAAUCCCCCACAACUUCCAGGUUGACUUUGUGUGGAAAUCCACAUCCUUUGACAGGAUGCAGAGUGCCCUGAAGACUUUUGCGGUGGACGAGACCUCGGUGUCUGGGUAUAUUUACCAUAAACUGCUGGGCCACGAGGUAGAGGAUGUCACCAUCAAGUGCCAGCUGCCAAAGCGCUUCACUGCCCAGGGCCUGCCCGACCUCAAUCACUCACAGGUGUACGCUGUGAAGACGGUGCUGCAGAGGCCUCUGAGUCUGAUCCAAGGUCCUCCUGGCACUGGGAAGACAGUCACCUCUGCCACUAUCGUCUACCACUUGUCCCGACAAGGCAACGGACCGGUUCUGGUGUGUGCUCCAAGUAACAUCGCCGUGGAUCAGUUGACGGAGAAGAUUGACAAGACUGGACUGAAGGUCGUCAGGCUUUGUGCUAAGAGCCGGGAAGCCAUCGAGUCUCCAGUAUCCUUCCUCGCUCUGCACAACCAGAUCAGCAACAUGGACAGUAUGCCAGAGCUUCAGAAGCUACAGCAGCUGAAGGAUGAGACCGGUGAGCUGUCAUCUGCUGAUGAGAAACGCUACAGGGCUUUGAAACGCACAGCUGAGAGGGAGCUGCUCAUGAAUGCUGAUGUUAUCUGCUGUACCUGUGUCGGGGCUGGAGAUCCUCGUUUGGCCAAGAUGCAGUUCCGCUCCAUCCUGAUUGAUGAGAGCACCCAGGCCACCGAGCCAGAGUGUAUGGUGCCUGUGGUGCUUGGAGCCAAGCAGCUAAUUCUGGUGGGUGAUCACUGCCAGCUCGGUCCUGUGGUGAUGUGUAAGAAAGCAGCCAAGGCAGGUCUGUCCCAGUCCCUGUUUGAACGCUUGGUGGUUCUGGGGAUCCGGCCAAUCCGCCUGCAGGUCCAGUACCGCAUGCACCCGGCUCUCAGUGCCUUCCCCUCCAACAUCUUCUAUGAGGGCUCUCUGCAGAAUGGUGUCACUGCAGCUGAUCGCAUCAAGAAAGGCUUUGACUUCCAGUGGCCGCAGCCAGACAAGCCCAUGUUCUUCUACGUGACUCAGGGUCAGGAGGAGAUUGCCAGCUCUGGAACCUCCUACCUUAACAGGACGGAGGCUGCAAACGUAGAGAAGAUCACCACCAGGCUGCUGAAGGCUGGAGCCAAACCCGACCAGAUCGGCAUCAUCACCCCGUACGAGGGUCAGCGAUCCUACCUGGUCCAGUACAUGCAGUUCAGCGGCUCCCUGCACACCAAACUCUAUCAGCAAGUGGAAAUUGCCAGCGUGGACGCCUUUCAGGGCAGAGAGAAGGACUUUAUCAUCCUUUCUUGUGUUCGUGCCAAUGAGCACCAGGGCAUCGGCUUUCUGAAUGACCCGCGUCGUCUCAACGUGGCGCUGACCAGAGCCAAGUACGGCGUGAUCAUUGUGGGAAACCCCAAGGCUCUCUCCAAGCAGCCGCUGUGGAACAACCUGCUGAACAACUACAAGGAACAGAAAGUCCUCGUGGAGGGUCCCCUGAACAACCUGAGGGAGAGCCUCAUGCAGUUCAGCAAGCCCCGCAAACUGGUCAACACCAUCAACCCUGGGGGACGUUUUAUGAGCACUGCGAUGUACGAUGCCCGUGAGGCCCUCAUCCCUGGCUCCGCCUACGACCGCAGCAACGCUGCCGGACGUCCGUCCAACAUGUACUUCCAAACACACGACCAGAUUGGCAUGAUUGGGGCAGGCCCCGGUCAUAUGUCCGCUAUGAAUAUUCCCAUUCCCUUCAACCUGGUGAUGCCACCAAUGCCUCCCCCCAGCUACCUGGGCCAGACCAACGGCCCUGCUGCAGGUCGUGGAGCUAUGAAGGGUAAGCCUGGGCGUGGCGGGCGGCAGAGGGUCCGAGGAUCAGCACACCAGGGUGCCAGUCAGGGUAACGGACCAAACAGCCAGGCCAGCCAAGACGGGGCCUCCCAGCCCUUCUCCCAGGGGCCGCUGACACAGGGCUACAUCUCCAUGAGCCAGCCUUCCCAGAUGAGCCAGCCUGGCCUCUCCCAGCCCGAGCUGUCCCAGGACAGCUACCUGGGCGAUGAGUUCAAGUCCCAAAUCGACGUUGCUUUGUCCCAGGAUUCGACUUACCAGGGUGAACGUGCAUACCAGCAUGGUGGGGUGACUGGACUGUCACAGUACUAAAGUGUCACUUGAAGAAGGGAGCUAGGCUUGAACUGAGCUUAGUUCAUAAGCUUUUUAAUCUGGGAAAUAAUAAAAACAUAAAAUGGAUACCUGUUUUCCUCUGCUACAACCGAAGCACCACCGAGUGAAAGCGACGGGAUAGCGAAACCAAACCAAUGACCAGCGAGAGAAAUAAGAGGGUAGAAGACGAGGAGAGCACGAGCAGACGGACAUGGCGAUGGCAAGAGAGGCCGAGUCAACAAGCGAGAGGCAGGGACCGAUGCCCGUGCAAAGUGAAGGAAGGCAGUCGAGAAGAUGGCGGCGUGUGGUCGAGCUGCUGAGGGAAACGGAGGGGAGAUCUCAACGGUCUCUCGUGGGAAUCCAAAUGAGGCUCAACUCCCAACAAAAUAAUUCAGCCAACCCCUUCAACCGACAGCCUCCAGGAAAGAAAGGAGAGCCAUCAUAUCUUCAGACGGAGGUCGACGCUUUCUAGCUGAAUUUGAAGAACUUGUUCUCCAAACUUGCAGGGGGGGGGAUGAUGACAUAAAGCCAUCGAACAGGAAACACAAAAUCCUCAUGCUAAAAGUCGGUUGGUUUCUUAACCUGUUUCUCUUGAAUUUGGUUUAUCCUGGGAGGAGAGCGGCAUCAACAAUCUCCUAGAUGGCCCAUAAGCCUCAGCAGCCCUGUGAAGGAAGCAGCAGUCGACACACCUUCUCGGAGAGGAAAUAAAAACAUGGUUUCUGUGCUUGAGUCUGAGAUUAAAUAGCCUUGGAUUGAAAUACCUUUCAUUUGCCCUGAGAAACCACUGGCUCAUUCACAAGGUCUCUAACGGGGUGGUUUCGACCACACGCCAGUGGUGAAGGGGCACAGGGAUUUCAGACUGUUUUUCAAGGCAUGACGCGCAAAUCCCACCGAUAUCGUGAUCAUCAUGGGACAGUUUUUUCUUCUCUGAAGUACCUUUCUUAUCACAGAGCACAAAAUUGCCAAUAAGUCAUUGAAACUAUCAAAACACGACCAGCAUUGAUUAUUCAACUCAAUGUCAUUUGAUGUUUCAGACGGGGCUUAUCUUUAUUUUAAUCUUCUGGAAGCAGGGGUCGUUGCUGUCCUGCUGUGCUUCAUGACCAGAUGUCUUUUUGAAAACACUCUGCGUACGCUUAGAUUGGCAAACGCUUGAAUGCUUUGCAUUGAUUGAUUACUCAGGGGAUUGUGGACUGUCCACACUCAUCACACAAAUCCCUCCUCGAAGUGAAAGAAACCAAACAAGAUGAGGAAAGAAAGGAUGAUCGUAGUCAAGGCUUACAGGCGGUCGUGGCAAUCAAUCCCCCAGAGGUGAGGAGUAGAAAAAGGAAGGUGGCUGAGGAAGAGAAGGAUAGGAGAAUUUCCACAUCUGGAAAAUGACUUCAGUUAAAGGUUGGGGGGUUAAAAAAAAAAAUGUUGAGGGAAACAUGUGGCAUAGGACUGUUAAGUCCCAAUAUGUGACCACACAUUAGAUGUUAACCCAGUGUCAUUUCACACGGCAUUUUGAUUUUGUGAAUAAUUUUCACAUGAGCCGAGCUGAGGGUCGUACUCUCCAGCCACACAACUUCUCAGAUAAUCAGGGGUUGAAGAAUUAAGGCUUUCACAAAUGAGAAAAAUGUAGAAUCUCAACACAACCAAUGUAUUCUGAAAGAUCUUUUGUUCCUGUGUGGAUGAAAAUAUUUAGAAACUUUACUAAACCCCAGUUACACACAGUGGAUAUACCAUCAGUACUGAUUAAGUGAUGGCCAGCAGAUAAAUGAAAAGAGAAUGAGAAACCUGAAUCAGUGCCUCAAACCAAUCACCUUCACAUACACAGCUGCAGCACAAGCAUGAAUGUAGUUAAAGAUCAAACUACCAGCAUAAACAAACCUUCCAGACAUCAGAGGGCUCAAUAAACUCACAGAAAAGGACUCGAUGAAUUUUAUUUUUUUAAUAAAAUCAGGCCAGGUAGAGUUGAGGUCAGGUGGGUUAUUCUUUAAAAGGAUGGGCGGAUGAUUAAAAUAAAAGCCACCUUCCUUCCUUCUAUGUGGAGUAUAAACAAAAUGAAAGCUGGUAGAAUUUAUUUUUCCUUCUGUGGACUUUUGAUUUGUGCAAAGCUGUUCUGCCUGCAUUAUGUAUUCCUUGUAGAGUUCUCCAGAUUUAUGUGGAUCCUAAACCUUUUUCCCUGAAAAACUGUGUGAACCUGAACCUUGAGUUGAUCCAAACUUUGCUUUUGUCGGAGGAUUCGCUGCUUCGUGUGUCACAUUUUGUUCAGAUGGGUGUUAUUUAGCCAUUUUGUGUAGUUUUACUAAAUUCUGUUAUCGUAGAAACUUGCUGACGAGGAAUGAGGCGGACGCCGUUUCCUUUCUUCAUGAGUUUUGUAUCGUCUCCUCAAACUCUCCGAGGGAUUGUAGUUUUCUUUAUAAACUCUUCCAGGAAAGAACUUUCUGAACGCAGUAAGAAUGUACUCCACUGUCGUUUCCCACCCGCUUCUCAUUUCAGCAGACAUGUGACAAUCAUGUUGUAAGUAGACGUUUCCAUGUUUAAUCGAUUUAGAAAUAGUUCUGUUUUGUUGACAUUGUGCGAAUCACUCUUCAGUGCAAUGAAUUAGUUUCCCCUAUAAACCCGUUCUUCUGAAAUCCUAACAUGUUAUAGCUUUAAGAACCUGCUGCCGUAAUAUGAUUGCUUUGGUGUUUUUGUUUUUUUCCAUCUUCUGAGCCACCAUGAAUUGCAACAUCUGCAGUGAUCAUUGAAAAAGUGUUUCAGUUGUAAAAUGGUUGUUAUAAAGUUGCAUCCAAACCCUUCAUUUUCUGUCAACAUGCAGAGAUUGAGGGCUCAGCGUGACGUAAAUACCUAUUUGACACAUCUUUGCAGUGAAGUUUCAUCACGAAAUGGUGGUUCCUUGUUAAACUGAAUCAAUAAAGGCUGUCAAAUUGA